AUGAUCACCAGCAGUGCUGAUCGUAUGGUGGGCAUGGACCACGCCGAAGUGCGUUACUUCACCAGCUAUGAUCACCAUGGCAUUCAUGAGGAGAUGCUUAAAGACGACGUCCGGACUCGGUCAUACCGCGAUUCCAUUUAUCAGAACCGCCACAUUUUCAAGGACAAGGUUGUUCUCGAUGUCGGAUGUGGUACCGGUAUUCUCAGCAUGUUCGCCGCGAAGGCAGGCGCCAAGCACGUAAUCGGCGUGGACAUGUCCUCGAUCAUCGAGAAGGCGCGCGAGAUUGUCGCGGUCAACGGCCUCUCAGACAAGAUUACCCUUCUUCAGGGAAAGAUGGAGGAGGUUCAGCUCCCAUUCCCUCACGUGGAUAUCAUCAUCUCCGAGUGGAUGGGAUACUUCCUCCUCUAUGAAAGCAUGCUGGAUACCGUUCUGUACGCUCGUGACCGCUACCUUGCUCCUGGCGGCAAGAUCUUCCCUGACAAGGCCACCAUGUACUUGGCUGCGAUUGAGGAUGGCGAGUACAAGGAUGACAAGAUCGGAUUCUGGGAUAAUGUUUACGGGUUCGACUACAGCCCCAUGAAGGAGAUUGCCCUUACGGAGCCCCUUGUCGAUACAGUCGAGCUCAAGGCCCUUGUUACGGAUCCUUGUUCUAUCAUUACUUUCGAUCUUUACACGGUCACCAAGGCAGACUUGUCGUUCAAGGUUCCCUUCUCCCUUCCCGUCAAGCGCAGCGAUUUCAUUCACGCCAUCAUCGCGUGGUUCGACAUUGAUUUCACCGCUUGCCACAAACCCAUCAGCUUCUCCACUGGCCCUCACGCCAAGUACACACACUGGAAGCAAACUGUGUUCUAUCUUCGCGAUGUUCUCACUGUUGAAGAAGAAGAGUCCGUGUCCGGUAUCUUGGAGAACAGGCCAAACGAUAAGAACCCUCGUGACCUAGACAUCCAGAUUUCUUACAAACUGGAGACCACGGACAAGUUGCGCUAUGCCGAGGGCAACUGCUUUUACAGGAUCGCAAGGCAGUUUAGAACAGAACUUAUUCCGAAGUACACGCGUUUGGUUGUUGGCUCCCGGGGCCUGCCAAACGCAGUCCGUCCUUUGACACUGAAUCGGCAGCCCGCGUCCAUCCGCCGUUACUCAAGUAUCUCACCUGAAAAGGAGACGACGUCAGCGCAGGAGAAGCAGAAUCCUCCAGUAGAUGAGAGAGACACAUUCUCCGAGAGUGAAAAGAAGACCUCACCGCCGCCUUCAACCGAGACCUCAUCGACGGAUGAAAAGGAAACUCUACCAGCAGCGCCUGUAAACGAGACAUCUUCGGCAGAGGAAAACAUAAACACAUUGACGGAUGGAAAUGAUACAGCCUUUACUGUUGGAAAGGAGAAUUUAUCGGCUACCACAAACGAGACUUCCUCCACAACCGAUUCAGAGACAGUUGACCGGAAGGCCAAUGUGGAAUCCGAUUCAAUACCGAAGAAUGCUGCGAGGAGAUUUGUUUCAGUGCGCUUAGGUCCUCUUGGUUCAAAUGUGUCUCGCUAUGGGGAGUUCGGACCAUUCUUCCUCAGGGGAACAUUUCCAUAUUCAUGGUUAAAUGGACACGUCAACCUCACCAUUGAGAAGAAAACGUUCUCCGCGCCAUUCAAAUUCAGAGAAUUCUCAUCCUACAAUCCUGAUCAGGACUCUUACCCUGAAGUCGAGUACUCCGAAGUUAUGUCUGACGACCUCGCAUUGUUAGGAUGGCUCGAUGAGAUUGAUACUGCCUACACCACGGAAUUUCUGGGCGCGCAUACAGAUAACACUUAUUUUACUGAUCCGGCUAGACUCCAACUAUUCCAUCUUCUGUCGCACACUGAUGGCCAUGGCGGAGCCAGCUUGCUUGUGGACGGUUUCAAGGCCGCCUCCAUCAUGCGACAGGAAAAUCCAAAACACUGCGGAGUCCUCGCCGCUACCAAACAGCCAUACCACUCAAGUGGAAAUGAGGACGUAUGCAUACAACCGGCAGAGCAGGCCCCUGUCUUCAAAAUCCAUCCUGAACUGAGCCGACUAUAUCAAGUUCGAUGGAACAACUACGAUCGAGCGGCGAAACGAAACUGGGGAUUGAAGGAGCAGAACCGAUGGUAUAACGCUGCACGCCAUUUCAACAAUAUUAUCCAGCGCCCGGGCGUUGAAAUAUGGACACAGCUUCAGCCCGGAACUGCGCUCAUUUUCGACAACUGGAGAAUGCUUCAUGGUCGUUCCGAGUUCACUGGCAAGCGGCGGAUGUGCGGUGGAUAUAUCAACAACGACGACUUCAUCUCACGUUAUCGACUUCUGAAAUAUGGAAGAGAAAGGGUUAUCGAGAAUCUGGGUAACCUUGCUUACUUCAAGGAUAAUCCCAAUAUGCUUCUGUAA